AUGAGGAAUCGAAUCCUAGCUGGAAUACUUCUGACUACUACCGUCCUGUCCACACACGCCCAGACAACCACAGGGUCAUCAUGUCCACUACAGCAAGACAUAAUGAAUAUGCAAGAUGCCGACAAUAUGAACCAGGCCAUUGAGUCCGCAUAUUCAAGUUUCGACCAAAUUCCAGCCUACUCCAGUGCAAAUGCCGUGUUCGAGGCGGCUCUGACCUCCUUUCCUGAAGACGUAACAUCCUCGCUAUCAUGCUCGGGCUUUGGCGGGAUCGAUAUCAGCCAUCUUCCUACCUGGCUGGCUCCCCUUCCAACUUCAGUCGUCAGCCUCGUCUUGCAAGAGGAAAGUGUUUAUGAGUCAAUCAUCAGCUCCUAUGCUCGGGCGGCCAGCGUCACCUCAUCAGUAAGCCCGCCGAUUAGGGAGUCCAGCACCAUCCCUAUGUCUACCAGCAAGCCCACCUCUGCAGCCUCUGCAGCCUCUGCAACCUCUGCAACCUCUGCAACCUCUGGAACCUCUGCAACAUCUGCAACAUCUGCAACAUCAGCCUCUCUCACUUCUACAGCGAAGGCUACACCCUCUUCAUCUACGGCUGCAGCAUCAAGAAUCUCGGAACGCCUGACCAGCGGUAUCCUAGUAGUCACUAGUUUGAUCUUAGCCGGACUGCUGUGA